UCCGAGGUUUUAAACCACUAAAAUUAGCAACCUUUACUGAUGAAAUUGGAUAAGGUAUUAUGUGAAUAGAAAAGAAAGGAGGGGGAGUGUUUGUGCACAGAAAUGGCAAAUGCCAAGCAUCUGAGCUCAGCUAAAAACAUAAACACCUUGCAAACUCCAAUAUACACAGCAAAACCAAAUUCUGCAUUUCCUCAAAUCAUCAAAAUCAAAGCUUCAAGAAAAAAUCAAGGACAACAACAACUGAUCAGCAAAAAUGUUUCAAAGUCUCCGCGUAGAGUGAUCACUAUACCAGCAUCCACUGGUAGAUGGCCUGGGAAAUGGAGUUGUGAAUACUUAGUAUCCCUUAAAGAUCUUCACUUGGAUGAUUUAGCUGAGGAUGGUCGAAAAGAUACCGAGGUUUUUGUUAGUCUUUCCCUUCAGAAGCACACAGGGUUUGGGCUAUCUGUAGAUGGAAAGGUGGUGACAUCCAUUGCCAGGAUGUGCAGCAGUUGCUCAUCUCCUUUCUGCAGAAAGAUUGAUACAAGCAUAUGUGUGUGGGUUCUGCCUGAUGACAGAGACGAUCAAUCAACAGAACUGCCUGAGAUUGGCAGUGAUGAUCCUUCAGUUAUCUAUGUGAGACCAGGGUACGAAGCUGACUUAGGUUCGCUGAUACAAGACACAAUAAGACUUCAAACUGCGGUGAAGGAGACUUGUUCAGAGUCUUGUGAAAAGUCUGAACCAAAACUUCACUAUAUAGGUGAUCAAACGAAAGCUUCUCUAGACAGGAGGUGGUCUAAACUGUUACAGCUUAAAAAUACAGCCCGGCCCGUUGAUGCGCAAAGUAAAUCAUCUUAACUUCAAGAAAACUAGCAGAAGUUUAAGGUUUGGUCUUUGUGGUUGUACCCAUGGAAUUAAAACUCGGCCGUUCUGUAACCUAUUUUGGAUUUGCCGUUACGCGAAAACCCGUUAUGCUACGGUUUGACAAAAAUCACGUCUUUCUCCCCGCGUCGUCCGUUACGUAACGGUGACUCGCCGCGUUAGACGUUUUUUUUCUCCGUUACACCGUUCUUUUACAUAAAUUGACCAAAAAUAUUUUUGUAAUUAGCUAUGUAGUUUAUGAAACAUGAUAUUUCUAGCGCUUAUUUGUUCACAGAAUAUAAUAGUCACUCAUAUUAGGAUAGAUUUGGUUAUAUUGUCUUGAUAUAAUACUUUUUAGACUAAAAAUGUAAUAAUAAGGCUUAGACAUGCUAACGUGGUUUUUUUCAAAAAAUUCACACCGCGUUAGCCGCGAUCCGUUCUAUU